ACUCACCACUGGACCACUACCACUGGACCACGGGGGUUGGAGUAGUGACUCGUGACGCAGCAACCGUUCGUCGCGCCUCUAUUUACGUGUUCGUUCGUCGUCGCUCCCAUCUCCACUCGUCUCGACGCAUCCGAGAUUCUAUACCUGCUCGAGUGCUCGAUCCGUCACGGACUGAUGGACGCCGGCGACGCAGCCACCACGAGGGCCCGGAAGCCGGUCGUGCUCUACCCGUCGCCGGGCAUGGGCCACCUGGUCUCCAUGAUCGAGCUCGGCAAGGUGUUCGCCGCCCGCGGCCUCGCCGUCACCGUCGUCGUCGUCGACCCACCGUACGGCAACACCGGCGCGACGGGGCCUUUCCUCGCCGGCGUCACCGCGGCCAACCCGGCCAUGACGUUCCACCGUCUGCCGAAGGUGGAGGUGCCGCCAGUGGCGUCCAAGCACCACGAGUCGCUCACCUUCGAGGUCACCCGCCUCUCCAACCCCGGCCUCCGCGACUUCCUCGCCGGCGCCUCCCCGGUCGUCCUCAUCAUCGACUUCUUCUGCAACGCCGCCCUCGACGUCGCCGACGAGCUGGGUGUCCCCGCCUACAUGUUCUACACUUCCGGCGCCGAGAUCCUGGCUUUCUUCUUGUACCUCCCGGUCCUGCACGCUCAGACCACGGCGAACUUCGGGGAGAUGGGCGAAGAGCUCGUGCACGCCCCCGGCAUCCCCUCGUUCCCGGCGACGCACUCCGUCCUGCCGCUCAUGGAACGCGACGACCCGGCCUACGCGGAAUUUCUGAAAGCGUCCGCCGACCUCUGCCGCACCCAGGGCUUCCUCGUCAACACAUUCCGCUCGCUCGAGCCGCGGGCCGUCGAGACCAUUGCCGCGGGGAGCUGCGCGCCUCCGGGCGUCUCGACGCCGCCCGUCUACUGCAUCGGCCCGCUGAUAAAGUCGGCGGAGGUGGGCGAGAACCGGAGCGAGGAGUGCCUGGCGUGGCUGGACACGCAGCCCAACGGCAGCGUGGUGUUCCUCUGCUUCGGCAGCAUCGGCCUGUUCAGCGCGGAGCAGAUCAAGGAGGUGGCGGCGGGGCUGGAGGCGAGCGGGCAGCGGUUCCUGUGGGUGGUGCGGAGCCCGCCGAGCGACGACCCGGCGAAGAAGUUCGACAAGCCGCCGGAGCCCGACCUGGACGCGCUCCUCCCCAAGGGGUUCCUGGAGCGGACCAAGGGCAGGGGGCUCGUCGUCAAGUCGUGGGCGCCGCAGCGCGACGUGCUGGCGCACGCGGCGGUGGGCGGCUUCGUGACGCACUGCGGGUGGAACUCGGUGCUGGAGUCGAUCGUGGCCGGCGUGCCGAUGCUGGCGUGGCCGCUGUACGCGGAGCAGCGGAUGAACAGGGUGUUCCUGGAGAAGGAGAUGCGGCUGGCCGUGGCGGUGGAAGGGUACGACGACGACGUCGGGGAGGGGACCGUGAAGGCGGAGGAGGUGGCGGCGAAGGUGCGGUGGCUGAUGGAGUCCGACGGCGGGAGGGCGCUCCUGGAGCGGACGCUGGCGGCCAUGCGGCGGGCGAAGGCGGCGCUGCGCGACGGCGGCGAGUCGGAGGUGACGUUGGCGCGGCUGGUGGAGUCGUGGAGGGAAGCGGCCAGCGCAUGACGUGGGAAAUGAUUGAAGGAUGAUUGAAUGAGGUGGUGGGCUGUGUUGUUGGGUGGAGAUUAAAGUGACGCACGUAACCACCGAGUUGGGCCACCACAGAGAUGGGUCGUUCAUGACUGGGACUUUGGGUGAUUUCAGUUUCGUACUAUAUGCUGUCUUGAGUACACCGUAAUUGUUUUCCUUGCUCUUGGGGUAAAAAGAGCAGUAGACAAACGUAUGAUUUCAGUUUCAUCUGUGAUUGAUUGCUAGCUUUCUGAGUGUCUUCCGAGGUCGAAGCGCACGAUUUAUCGAGCUCUACCGUGAAAGCUUAUCUUU